UAAUUUGAAGUGGGAGACAGGAGUUUUUAGGCCAAAUGGGAACUGAUGACAAUGUUUGAGUGUCUUAACUGGCAGGAGCUUCUUUUCUAACCACGCCAGGAAUUCACGUUAAUGUUUUAUGUAUGAAGAAACAGGACCUUUGUAGCGGCUAGUUGCCACAUUUGGCGGUGGGAAAGGACAAGCGCACUGCGCAUGCGCUGCAGGCAACCUAGGCAACUACGUGUGGAACGUGUGUCAGCCGACGUUGCUAACGUAUCCAUUUGCGUAACGUUUUCAACGAAAGCUGUGCUGUGGGUGGGAGCUGAGUAUUUGAGCUAACUUUCAGUUUCAUUACAGCUGCAUUAGCUGCGAUAACCACUGUCAUUAAAUGGACAUUAGAAAUUGGUGCCAAACAAUACCGACUUCAGUUAAAUGACAUGGAUAAUUAGUCUCUCCUCUUUCAACCCGGAAAAGCAGGUUAGUGGGGAGGAAACUCCUCACAUGCUCAUAACAGUUAGCAAGUGACUGCCGGAUGGCGCUCGGUGUGUCCCUAAUUCAGUGGUAUUGUCGCUAUAUUAACCUGUAUUUCACGGAUAAGAUUUAAGACUUACGAGCCAACCUUCACUGAGGGCGAAGCGUUUACAGGAAGAACUAUAAAACAUAUCUGAAUAUCUGGGUUGCUUCGAUUAUAGCUACAUUUUACGUACGAACCUUUGUGGAUACCGUCUUCUUAUAGAGACUUUUACAAUCAUAGUAAGUAAAAUCUACAAUCAUUAUGACCAAGAUAUGGAGUUUCUCCCAGUACUUGACCCACUAGAUACACCCAAAGAAGGAAUAUGGUAUUCUUUGGUACCGAGGGGAAGUGCUCCGGGUGUAACUGUGGGUCACACCUGCACGUUUACUCCAUCAGUAGGAGGAAAAGGAAGAAUCCUCAUCGUUGGAGGAGCCAACCCCAGUGGCAGUUUCUCUGAUUCCCAUAUCAUAAAUCUAGAUAAUCAUGAAUGGGACAUUCCAGAGUGGGAGGGUUUGGAGGCACGAUAUGAACACUGCAGCUUUGUGCCAGAGAGCUGCCCACAAAGCCUGUGGGUGUUUGGGGGCGCACAGCAGAGCGGCAAUCGCGGAUGUAUCCAGAAUAUACAGCUAACAGACAGUGGGUCUCACUGGAAGGAUGUAUCGGUAAACGGGAAGUCCCCCUGUCCCAGGACAUACCACACCAACUCAGCCUGCCUUGGUGACAGACUGUAUGUCUUUUCUGGUGGUGAAGCGGGAGCUGCACCUGUGUCAGACCAAAAACUUCAUGUCUUCGAUACAGGGUCUUCCACUUGGUCUCAACCGAACACACAAGGCAAACAGCCACCAGCCAGACACGGCCACAUUAUCGUAUCAGUUGGUUCAAAGAUCUACAUUCAUGGAGGCAUGGCUGGAGACAAAUUCCACAGUGAUAUGUACUCUCUCGACACAGGGAGCAUGAAGUGGGAGACAGUACGGGCCAAAGGAGACAUGCCACCAGGGGUAGCAGCCCACUCAGCUGUGGUGCUUGGCAAGAACAUCUACAUCUUUGGAGGGAUGACUGCGGAUGGAGCCAGCAACUCAAUGUACAGAUUCAACACUGACAAAAGUAGAUGGAUCCUAAUGAAAUUUGAAGGAGAUAUGCCACCCAACCGCCUGGACCACUCCAUGUGUUUACUGCCAUGGAAGCUGUGUGACGAGGGGCAAGCCAACAGCCCAGCUGCCUCAGAGACAAUACAUCUGGCCUUUGUAUUUGGAGGGAUGGACACCCAGGGUGUCAUACAUAAUGACUGUAUUGUGACUGUGGUGACAUGAUGUGCCUUGGUGUUGUAAUAUUCAUUUACUCAAGUUCUAAUAAAAUGUUUGUCAAGUA